AUGGAAUACAAGGAACCUCAUGACCGCUUAGCCAAGAAUGGUUAUGCGUCGUCUAUCAUGAACGGCACCACAGUCGAAGGCGGGCUUCGUUCUAUCACAUAUAAAUCUAUAUACGCACUGAAGCUUGUUGAAGAACUAUCCUCAGCCCGCGAAGCCGUACUACCAACGAAAGGAGAUACUUUCUCGCUCACCGACAAGAACCUUGACUCAAGACGUGUCUCAUCUCUCAAGCUGGAAAUAGAAGCCUUGGAAGCGCUGAAGCUAAUUAGAAACACAAGUACCGAUCAAGUGGUAGACCAAUUCAACCUUCAAUUAGACAACGAGCUUCUUUCAACUAAAAGCAUCAGCGAAGAAUACCAGAAAGCCUUGUUGGAAAAAUGCGGGUGCUUUGCAUCUGACAACACCGUGACUUUCAAGAGAUUCAUAUCAAAAGAGCCCGUUGCUACAAUGGAAGAAGUUGAGGGUUUCGACGGUACUAUGUAUCAUCAGGCUGCAGAACGUAGGCGCGAGGAAGAGAGAAUAGAGAACGAAAAGUUUGCCCUAGAAGCACAGAAGUUGGAAGAAGAAGCCAUGAUGGAGGAGCUUGAAAUGAGACAACAAGAUGUCAGACCUGUAGUAGAUAUCAUGAACCAGCAUAUCCCAACUCACAACAAAAUGCACGUGGAUCCCCCAGCAAUGGGGUAUAAUAAUCAGCACGUUCCAGCCCAUGCAAAUAUGCAAGUUGUACCACCAUUCAUUCCUCCUGGGCCACCUGAUAUGUCUUUUAACCUAGAGAACAAUCUGGGGACUUCUAGCUACGCUGGAUCAUACUCGACUACUCCUGGUAUUUAA